GAGCAGGUAGCACUUGUUACUUGCUCGACAACGGCUUGUUCCAGUUGUGUGACUAGCCGCGAGAGAUGGUAAAUAAUUAAUGGUAUUAUGUACGCGUACGUAUAAAAAACAAGUUUGUCGGUUGUAAAAGUCGUUGCAAAAAACUACUCGUCAGAAGUAAUAUGCUGAAUUAUUUUCUUCAAUGAGUUGAAUUCAGCGAGUUGGAGUAAUAUAAUGAUUCAGUCAACUGUCAAAACAAUAUUAGUUCUCUACUGGAUUAUCCUUACCAUUCACUGAUCAUCUCUAAAAAAAGAUAAAAGCUCGCAUUUCAAUUGUAAUGGAAGAUCCGAACGACAGCGACACUUCAGAGUGGACGCAUUUGUCCCACUCUUCGAACGGCCAGCAAACGGUUAUAGCCUCCCUUAAACGAAUACUCGUUGGAAAAGUAUUUACCGGAGAGUACGUAGAGCGACACUACGUAGAUGUUCUCUCCACGUACAGAGAUUUGGUCGUCGUGAACACCGACGAAGCAGAUUUUUCAACUGCUUUGAUAAAAGCUUCAAAAAUGACUCAUGAGACUUACGGACGAAGCUUAUGGUUCGGUGUAACUGAUAACGAACAUGACGGAACGCCAAAAGGUUACUGCCUCUGGGUGAACCUCUUCCAAAUACCUUUGGGUAAACACUGGUUUCAAGUACAGUCAGUUGACUUGUAUCAAAGGGAAAUAUGUCUGAGAUUGAAACACCUGCGACCAUUUCAUGCUGAAAGCAGCCAGGCUACUAAACGGGAACUGGUUUCGUCUGAGCUUAUAGAGAAUUUUGAUCUACACAAAUUUUACCAGGAACUCGAGUGGUCUCAAGUGCAAAAUUUCGUAUUACAUCUAUUGGUUGAUGCCUCUGCCUGGUGCAUACUGCAUAUUAAGAAAGUAUUGACAUAUGAGAACAUUCGGGAGACCAUUAAAUUUUGCUCAGUGUUGAUGUUGGUCAUCGUGACUUUCCUGAUAGAAGCUUCCAAGUUCCUGUGUGACUACAGUUUAAAAUUAAUUCGAGAGUUAUCAAACGUAAUUCGGUCGACAACGCCCAUAACAAUGGGAAUUAUUCAAUUCUUCACCAAGUGUGUUGGCGGAUUUUAUUUGUUAAUCGUCAUGUUGUGGCGAGGUUCCACAGGACCUCCAAUCCCUCCUAAUGCGAUAUUGGCAUCAUUCAAUCCAAACAGUGGCUGGUCAGGGCAAAGAGCAAUUAAAUACCCUCCCCAAGCUCACAACCGUUAUGGUUAUGGUCAAAGAGUCCAUCAACCUCGUGGCAGAUUUAGUGAUUACUGAAUCGAAAAUUACUUUCUGUGUAUUAAUAUUCAUCUUCAGAUUGCUUUCUCAGUAGUGAUGAAUCAUCGUAUUCUGCAGGUUUUAUUUACCAAAAUAAAUUGUAUAUAAAAUCGAUAGUGAUAAAUGAUAGAGAUGCAUGGUUCUUACUAUUUUCCCUGAAUUAGGCUUCGAAGGCUGAUGAUUUGUGUUUGCAAUUCUCAACUUCUAUUCUUAGUGAAGAGUAGAACUGAUUAUUUAAUCUAUGAUAUAUAAAUAUAUAUAUUUUUGUUUUUAAAAUGGAAUGAUAAUAAUUGUUGGAUAUUUAUGAAAUUGUAUAGACCAUCGCAUGUUAUUAUUUAUAUAUAUCGAGAAAUCACUUGAUCGAAUGAAUAAGUGGUUAUUUCUACAAAGAACCAAUAAAAAUUUCCUCACAAUGUCAGGUGAGUCUACAGCAGUAUCGUAAAAGAUUAAUUAUUGAUAAUUGUAAAACGAAUAUGCGAAAUAAAAGUUUAACGUUGGUGAUAA